AUGUGGAGUAGUCUUCCAAAUUGGACGAAAGAUGAUUUUGCCAAGAUUUCUUCAGACUUGCCUGUAUGGGUAGUAGUUGGUGAUCACGAAGAAGCUGUCAAUAGAGAUCAACCAGAUACAAUAACUAGUUGGAUUCCACAAGCAGGUGAAUUGAUUCUACCAAGAACGAGUCAUUUUGCGUUUAUACAGGAUCCCGAAAUGUUUACUAUGACUUUAGCAAAGUUCUUGCGUGAGGUGGAUAACCCAACACAUGGCUUGAGUGAUGGUUUAGCACGUGUCAGCAGCUGUUUUCGGCCCUAA